AUGGGAAAAAAGAAAUUAAUACAACUGGAAAUUGAAGAACAAGAAGAAAUACCAAAAGAGUUUAAAGAGAAUCAAGAAGAAAAGGUGGAAGAUGAAGACAUACAAAACAUUGUAGAUCAAGCCGAACAAGAUGAUAGUGAUAGUAGAAAAUCAGCAUCUGAUAUUAUAUUUGGUAUAAUUAAAAAGUUACAUAUUGGAGCUGAUAUCUCGAUCAUUUCCUUACCUGGUGCUUGUGUACUACCAAAAUCAUUGAUUCAACUCAUGUCUGAACAAUUCACUGCCCAUUUCGAUCUACUACUCCAAGCAAAUGACAUUAAAGAUGAAAAGAAACGUCUAUUACAAGUAUAUUGUUAUUUUGGAUCGAUUCUCAUGGAGAUUAAAGAUUGCUUUAAGAAACCAUUGAAUCCAAUCCUUGGUGAAACGUAUCAAGGUCAUUUGGAUAUUGGUGCAACAAGAGUAGACAUUUUUACUGAAAAUGUUUCUCAUCAUCCUCCCAUCUUUUCAAUUACCGUAUGUUGUAGAGGUGAUGUUGGUAUUAAAGUCACUUCUACAAUAGGUUUAGGGUGUCAUUUCAUGGGAACCCAUGUUAAAUUUGGUACACAAGGAGAUAUAUUGGUUCGAUUCGAUAGAUUUGAUCAAACCUAUUCAUCGGCAACUCCAAACUUGGCAUUACGAUUAUUUAGAGGGUUUAUGGAGUACGUUGGUCAAACAAGUGUGACAAAUGACAGAGAUGACUAUCGUAUCAAAUCAAUGUUCCACGCCAAACCAAUGUUUAUGGGUUCAUACAAUUAUUUUGAAAGUACAGUUUACAGGGGCAAGGAAAAGUUACAUAAAAUCAAAGGUCAUUGGGACAAGCAAUUGGACAUCAACUCUUCUUUUAAUAGUUGCGACUUUACAAAAUUAAUUGACAGACAUGAAUUAACACCAACAGAAAUCAUUUUACCUCCUCAUGAGGGAUUGUUACCUACCAACUCACUCUUGAAACAAAAAGUUGAAGAAGAACAAAGAAAACUUGCUAAACAAAGAUUACAAAGAAAUGAAUCUUGGAAACCAAUACAUUAUCAUCAAAAUGAUAAAGGUCAAUGGUUAUUAAAUUCAAAUAAUAAUAAUUAA